GCAAAUAAAGCAGAAGUAAAGUAGUAGAUUCAUGCUAAAGGAGCAAAUAAAAGCAAGAGGCCAUUUGAGAGAAACUUCAAUUCCUGGAAAACGAGACGUUCGUGGAUAGACGGAAAGAGAGAGAGAGAGAGGUGUCUCCAAAAAUGGCCGCUGCUGACUGGACCCAUCUUCCUGGAGAUCUUCUUCAAUUCAUCUCCAACAAACUACCCAUUUAUAGCGAUUACGUCCGAUUCCGAGCCGUGUGUCACAAGUGGCGAUCCUCACUUCCAAAGGCCCCGCGCCACCUCCCCCCUCAACCCCCCUGGCUCUUGCUUCCCCUCUCUGCUAGUUCCCAAUCCCAAUCCCACCGGGCCUUCUACGACCUCUCCACAGGCAAAAUACACCAUCUCGAGCUCCCAGAAGCUUCCCGCCCCGAUCUUCGCGUCGGCUCUUCCAACGGCUGGCUCGUCACCCUCGACAACUCCCCAGCCAUUCUUCUCCUCAACCCUCUCACCAAAGCCCAGAUCAACCUCCCUCCGCUCUCCUCCUUCCCCAACGUCGUGAGCUUCGACAACUUGGAAGUCGAUAACGAGUACGCGAUCCGAGACGUGUCCGGGGAGAUCUACCGACUAAGUUUGAGGAAAAUGCGUGACUCGUUUAUCAAGAAACUCGUUCUCCCAUCAGGACCAGUCAACAACGACAAUUUCGUUGCAAUGGCGAUUCUCUCCAAGACCGGUGAUUUGGCCUACUGUAAGAAGGGCGAUCAAUCUUGGACAUUAAUUAGCGACGUGGGACUUUCCUGCUACGACCUUACCUAUUACAAGGAGCAAUUCUACGCUUUGGAUGGAGAAGGAGCAAUCGCGGUGUGCGAUGUAAAUGGCCCGUCGCCUAGCGUUUCGGACCUUUCGGUUGUCAUACCGCCGACGCAACAUCUCUUUGCCGUCUUGUGUUUGGUAAAUUUAGGGGACGACGAGUUGUUAAUUGUAGCACGCUAUCUGGGUGCUGAACUUGAAUAUUAUGAACUUGAUGGGCCUGAGAUGUAUUUCAGGACGGAUGGGUUCGGGGUUUUCAGAAUGAAUUGGAGCGGGCCGCAGUGGGAGGAGGUUGAGAGCUUGGGUGACUGGAUGUUGUUUGUAGGGAAAAAUUCCGCAGUAUCGUUGUCCGCUUAUGAUGUUCGACGAUGUUUACGGAAUCCUGAAUAUUUGAAUCCGGCUUCUUUUCCUUUUUAUGGUGAAUUCUUGGAGGAUUGUAUCUAUUACUCGGAUGAUUAUCGUGAACCCAACUAUGAUGGUGCUUAUGGUUCGGAUACAGGAAUCUACAGGUUAUGGGAUAAAAAGACUCUCUCUUUACCCCGUCCCUGUUUUGCGGGAACUCCGUAUUCACUUUGGGUUACACCGAACCCAGCCUAACGUUGGAUCUUGUCGCGUGGGCCAAGUAAUUUUUCUUUUUUUUUAAAAAAAAAAUAAGUAUGUUAUGUUUGUUUCUACAAGACGUGUGAUUUCCAUGAAUGUAAUUAUGUGAAUGGACAGUCUUAUUGAGGGGUCAUGAACUCGAUCAUAAGGAUAACAGUCCUAU